AUUAUUGGGUUAAAAGUUAAAGACACAACAGCAGGGAGACCAAACCGGAGACCAAACCGGAGACCAAACCGAAGACCAAACCGGAGACCAAACCGAAGACCAAACCGGGAGUGAAUCUGGACUAAACCAGGACUAAUCCCGGACUAGACUAGAACCGGAGAUCUGUCUUUAUCGGGAGCAGGCAGAGAACGCAGCGUCGGUAACAGAUGGAGGGUGGUGGGGCUAAAGUUGUGAUGCUGACAGGUAGUGUGCUGCUGCUACUUCCUGUCAUCCUCUUUGUCACAUCCUUCAUGUUUUGGCCUGGACUCAUCAUCAGGAUGUAUAAUUGGUUCUGGAGGAGGAGGUUGGGUCUGUCUGUGAGGUACUCUGUCGUCGGUUCCUUCAGAUUCUGUUACUCCACUCGCGGGACUCCAGGGGAGGCUCAGUCUCUGCUCCUGCUGCACGGCUUCUCUGCAAAUAAAGACAUGUGGCUUCCUGUGGUCAAGUUCUUGCCAGAGCAAUAUCACGUGGUGUGUCUGGAUUUACCGGGACAUGACGGAACGAGCCGCUUCCAAAAUGAGGACUACAGCAUCAACGGACAGGUCUCCAGAAUCCACGAGUUUGUGCACAGUUUGGGUCUGGCUCAGUUCCAUCUCAUUGGGACGUCGAUGGGAGGAAACUUAGCCGGAGUUUAUGCUGCUCGAUUCCCCAAAGACCUCUGCUCCGUCACCAUGGUCUGUCCUGCGGGUCUGGAGCCACCUGAGGACACAGACUUUGUGAAAAGUCUUAGGGAGAUAGAAGUCCGGAGGAACCAGAACCUGGAUCAGGACCAGAACAAGGAGUCCAUUGCCCUGAUCCCAAGCUCUAUACCUCAACUGCAGGAGAUGCUCGAAAUGUGCUGCUACAAACCACUCAACCUGCCCAAACAGAUGAUGAUGGGGCUGCUCCAAAACAGGCUCCCACACAACCCCUUUUACAGACACCUGUUUGAGUGCAUCAGCGCUGAAGAGUCCAGAUACUCUCUACAGAAGAACCUGCACCGCAUCUCAGUCCCAGUGCAAGUGGUCUGGGGCCAGCAGGACCGGGUCCUCCAUGUCUCUGGCGCCUCUGUGAUUGCUGCUGCUCUCCCUCACAGCCAAGUAGCACUGCUGGAGAACUGUGGUCACUCUGUGGCUCUGGAGCGCCCCCGCAAACUCGCCACACUCAUCUGCAACUUCCUGUCUGCACAGGAAGUGACUCACGGCGGCACCCACAAGAAGAACUCCUGAGGAACAUGUCUGUCCUCCACAAACGCACAAAGAUCAUUUCAGUGUUUUAUUUCCACCGGGUUUAUUAUAAUCUCUCAUUCAUCCAGCAUGGUCCAUGGAGCUCAACAGUCCCGCCCACCACCACAUGGCUGUUUUCAGAUUUGACAAAAUGUUUAGUGGUUUAUAAAGUUUCAGAAACAGAUUUCAUAUAAAAUGAUGGUCUGGUCUGAUGGGACCAAACCCUGUAAUCGGUCUCCUUUGUCAUAAACAGAACAGCAGUUUUUUGCACUGAAUGUCUUGAUUUAAAUAUUCCUUUAAACUUUAAACUACCUUUAACUUUAAACUGCAGCUUUUAUUUUGAUUCUUUUCUAAUUCACUUCUUUAAACACUGUACUGUAUGAAAGAUACUGUAUAUUUAUUUUAAAAAAAUAGUAUAGAAAACACUAUUGUGGACCAUCAUUGAGUGAGUGUAAGCAUCUGGGAUGGAGUUGUGAUGUAAUAUAGAUAUAUAUGUUAUAAAAUCAUUCAUUGACUACC